AUGUCGGACCCACGCGCCACUGUGACGCUUAUCCCCCUCUUCGAAGACACCCAUCCUCUGCGUACCCUCACCAUCACCGACAAUGAUAAGACCGUGGCCAUCGGACGUGCCUCGAAGCGUGAGACUCGAAAACGGAGUCCCGCGCCAGAGAACGCUUGGUUUGAGUCCCGGGUGAUGUCUCGUGACCAUGCCUUUCUUAACAUUCCGACGGACCAUAAGAUGGUUUUCAUUACCGACUGUGGCUCAACGCACGGAACAUACUUGAAUGAUAUCAAACUGGUGACAGAUGCGGAUACCCCGCUGUCCAAUGGGGAUAUCAUCCGAUUUGGUGUCGACGUCGACCGUGGUCAGGAGGUGUUUGAGGCCAUCGAAGUCCGGUUCAAGGUUCAGUGGCUCAAACCCCAGCAUGUGGCCAUUCCAGAUGAUGACAUUUCCAUCAAAUUGGAUCCAAGUCCGUCAACCAACAGUUUCUCUGUCCCCGAGGACGAUAGCGAUGUCGAAGCUGCCGAUAUCCCCAGUGAUAACACCUCUAAAGAGUCGGCUGCCCGACCUUGCGAAACUACUGUUCUGCAGCCUGCGGAUACAUCUCCUGUCUCUCCUGUUCCGAGUGUCCAAGGCGACGAACAUGCAAAGGACGAGCCGGAGCUCCAUUGGGGUGGUUCCUCUUCUACCGAGGAGUCUAUCACAAAGGCUGUACCCGGUCCUACACCACUAGUCCCAGAUCUUCCUAGUCUGCUGUCUGAUACUAAACCGCCCUCUGACGAUAAGCCAUCUACCGCGGAGCGGGCCUCUACCGAACCUCCAUCUGCUCAGCCAACAGACGAGGCAGAUAUUUUCCCUGCAACCUGUUACCAGAAAGUACCGGAAGACCAAUACAGCGAUUGGACCAUUAUGCGGCCGAUGUUCAUGCGCCUGGCAGACAUGGCUUGGGGUGAAUCUAAUAUGAUACCCGACGUUGAUCAUGAAAGACGCAUUAUUCACGCCGCGCGCCGUUGUUCUCUUUCCAAAGAUUCUUACUGGCUAGGAGACGACAUUACCUUCAAGCCUUGCAUUGGGACAGAAGUCCAUUGGGAGCAUGACUCCGAAGAAUCAGACACCUCAUUCCAUCGUAUGCCCGGUAGCCUCCUUAGGUACUGGUCAGUCGAUAAGCGAAGGUAUUGGAUCAUCUGCGAUGACGAUGACGGCGAGGAUAUGAACAAUUGGUGGUGGAUCGUUGAGAAGCCAGAAGAGCUCCUCAGCGAGGAAGUGAAGCAGGCGCUCGUGCAUGAAGACGAUGAUUACGACCACAAAUGCUGGAUCAUAAGGAACUGGGAGCCCCAAAUGGUCGGAGAUCAAUGGUGCGAGGCGAUGCCUUACUGGGAUCCGACAUUUAACAAUCGACAUAUGCUCACUGAUGACGAGUCCCUCGAUUCAGACGAAGAAGCCCAGCGCAGUGACGGAUAUGUGUCUGAGUUAGAUGGUCUCAGUGAUUCAAUGUCAGAGGACUACGGCGUAUAUCCGUAUGAGACGUACGACAACGAAUCGAUUCAUGGAGCCGACUAUGGAGCCGACUAUGAGGUGUCGGUACAAGACUUUGACGAAGAUGACGGAGAGGAAGAAGAUGCCGAGGACUUGGAGGAAGAUAAUGAGGCCUCCGAUGAAUCUGAAAACGACUCUGAUCGUUCCUCUGGGGACGCCGACCACACUGAUGCCGUCGAGGUGUCCAAGCAUCUACCCGAAGAGACUGACACACGAUCAUUGUACCAGGAGGCUCUUGGGGGUCAGUCAGUGAACCCCGCACGGAUCGAGAGCAACCCAUUGAUGACACAGACUGCCCUUGGUAUGACAAACCCAGGUGCUCGGUUCCCGACAUACGCUGUUUCUGGUGAACUGCCAAGAUCAUGUGAAAACAAAUACCCUCCAAUGCAACGAAAGAUUGAGAGCACUGUUGGGGUACCGUCCUUGUCCCAUGAAUUCGAGAAUCGCUAUCAUGAUGGACCGUUCUCGACCAGUGCUUCCGUGGAGGAUGCCUCUGUGCCUCACCUGGCAACGUCCAGAACAUCCAACUUGAAGCGUACUGCAACAGAGAUGCAAUCGUCGCCUCCUGAACCCAGUCUUUCUCAAGAUGCUCAGCGGCUGCCUGUAGAGCCAGCUAGUCAGCCAGAUCUCAACCCCGACACUAUUCCCUCCGAAGCCAAGGAUGCGAUCACCUCUGCACUUGCUGAGAAUGUCUCUGCAUUUGCUGAGAACGGAAAUGCAGAGAAUGAGCGCCCGGCAAAGCGAAUCAAGUCUAAUCACCCAGCCUCAAAGUCCUUGGCAAGCCACGCCACCACAGCUGUCGUCAGCGCUCUGCUGGGUGGUCUGGGAACUAUUGCUAUGCUAGCAGCCUUGCCCAAUGAAUACUUCCAGUGA